AGGAGUUUCCCAGUCAGAGGAGACUUGACAAACACUCAGUCGUCUGCGUAUAAACUAACCAAAGAGGACGAACACUAGAACACAAGAAGCUGAAGCAUCUCUGAAAUGACUCCAGCAAGAACUCUGAUCAGACGGAGAGGGAGAGGAGAGCGAGGAACAACGAGACGGGAUCAUCUCCGGAGGGGAACAGCUGGAAACCAGGAAAUACUAACAACUAAAAGACGCCUGUUGAAGAUGAUAAUAUCAACUCUGCAGCCUUUGGAAAUCACACAAGAUGCUAACUUUCUGGGUUUUGUAAAAGCACUAAGCCCCUCUCAAGAAAUUCCUACCAACUCUGAGAUGUGCUCGCAGCUUCUCAGCGUCUACGAAGACAAAGAAAAGGAGUUGCGAUCGACCCUGGCCUCUGCAGAUGAUAUCGUGCUGACAUGUGAGUUGUGGUCUUCGAGAGCUGAAGACUCCUAUUUGACAGUGGGUUGCCAUUUCGUGGAUAAUAGGGGGAGCCUCAAGUCCUACGUGCUGAAAACUACCAGCCUGUUUGGAGAAGAAUCUGCAGCCCACAUUAUACAUGAGCUCUCGGCUGUCAUGGAGGCGUGGUGCGUGAAAGGAAAGGUGCACUGUGUUGUCAGAGCGGGCAUGCCACAACUCAAAGAAGUUAAAGCAGCAUGGACACACAUGCCUUGUUUCGCCGACACCUUGAAUGUGGUUUUUAAGGAUCUUAUAAAGGACGAGGAGCUGUCGAAUGUUCUCAGAAAGUGUUACAACACUGUCCGGUUCUUAAAGUACGACACCGAAGCCGAGAAGUCUCUCAGAAUGAUCCAGAACAAGAUGAGUCUUGAACAAGGUGAGCUGAUCCUGUACUCCGGGGACCGGUGGCUCCCCUGGCUGAACACGCUUCAAUCACUCAUCAAGCAGAACCGUGCUAUGGUGAUGGUGUUCGACGAAAGAGGCAAGACAGACUUGAUUCUAAACGAAAGCGAUAAAGAGAAAAUCUAGAACCUGAUCUCGGCUCUGGAGCCUCUGAAGAAAGCCACGUCCGCGAUGAAAGGAGAAGGGUUCGAGACCAUCUCAGCCAUGCUGCCGCUGCUGACCAGACUCAUGGAGAGUCUCAGAGAAGAAGAGAAGAACAACAACAAUGUUGCUCGUGCAUUAUUGACAAAAUGCAAGAAGAAAUUCGGGGACGUCAACAACCACUUUCUGGCUCCGUUCACAUUCCUCGACCCGAGAUUCAAAAACCAGCUGGGAGAGCGAAACAAGAAUCGUGCGGUGGCUCAAAUAAUGAAGGAUCUCACUGCAGGCCUGCCGUCCUCUUCUCAUGCUAAACUGAAAAGCCUCCUGAAGAGAUACAUGGCCUACGGACCUACGGCGCCCACGUCUAACCCUUUGUCCUGGUGGAGGCACACAGGAAAGGAGCAGUUUGGCGAGCUAAGAAAGCUCGCUCUGAAGAAACUCGGAGUCGUCUCCACCGCUGUGCCGUUGCAGAGAGCUUUCUCCGAUGCAGGCGAUCGCUUCUGCAACCUGAGGAACUCCAUCGAGCCAGAAAACCUCAACAUGAUCCUGUUCCUCAACAGCAACUGGUCCACAACAUCUUAAAGACUUUUCACACGGGGAACGACUCUCAGGCCCUAUUUUAACGAUCUACGUGAAGCGUUUGGUGCAGGUGUGUU